AUGGAGUUUCUUGAGAGAACUUACCUUGUGAACAACAAAGCCACCAAGAUGUAUGCCUUCACACUAGACAGGGCAAAUAAAGAUCUAUGUUCUGGAGAGAGGCCAGAGGAGCUGGAGGCAGGAGGCACCUAUCACUGCCAUCGUGACCCCAAGCCCACAGAAGACAGAGCAUGUGAGCAAGCCCAUGCCAUGUGGAAACUCUGCACUGCUUCCGCAAUAUGCUUUGUCUUCAUGAUUGCAGAGGUUGUGGGUGGGCACGUAGCCGGGAGUCUUGCUGUCGUCACAGAUGCUGCCCACCUCCUGAUUGACCUGACCAGUUUCCUGCUCAGUCUCUUCUCCCUGUGGCUGUCAUCGAAGCCCCCCUCCAAGCAGCUGACAUUUGGGUGGCACCGAGCAGAGGUCCUCGGGGCCCUGCUGUCCACACUGUGCAUCUGGGCAGUGACCGGUGUGCUGGUGUACCUUGCCUGGGAGCGCCUGCUGCAUCCCGAUUACCAGAUCCAGGCCACCAUGAUGACCAUCAUCUCGGGCUGUGCGGUGGCAGCCAAUGUCAUACUAACUGUGGUUUUGCAUCAGAGAUGCCUUGGCCACAGUCACAAGGAAGUGCAAGCUAACGCCAGUGUCAGAGCAGCCUUUGUGCAUGCCCUUGGAGACCUAUUUCAGAGUAUCAGUGUACUAAUCAGUGCACUUAUUAUCUACUUUAAGCCAGAAUAUAAAAUAGCUGACCCAAUCUGCACAUUUCUCUUUUCCAUCCUGGUGUUGGCCAGCACCACCACUAUCUUAAAGGACUUCUUCAUCUUGCUCAUGGAAGGUGUGCCAAAGGGUUUACAAUAUCCCCGUGUGAAGGAGCUCAUCAUGGCCAUUGAUGGGGUGGAAUCUGUGCACAGCCUGCACAUCUGGUCGUUGACCACGAACCAAGUGAUUCUCUCAGCUCACGUUGCUGCAGCAGGCAGCCGGGACAGCCAGGCUGUUCGGAGGGAGAUUGCCAGAGUCCUCAGCCAAAGCUUUGCUCUGCACUCGCUCACCAUUCAGAUGGAAUCUCCAGCCGACCAGGACCCCAACUGCCCUGUGUGUGAAGACCCCCGCGACUAG